CUGAGUUCUCUAUAUGAUAUAUAGGAUGUUUUUAAAUUCAUGAGUUCUUAUGUUGGAAUACUGUAAUAAUAGUGGAAUGUUGUUUCAUGUCAUUCAUGAUGCUGUAGAUUAGUUACCAAACACAACACAUAAACUUGAAUGUGGGGAAACUGCUACAAAGCUUUGAGACAUUGGUUUAGAGAGAUUAAUUUCACAAAUAUUGAGUGGUUAAAAUCAAAUAUCAGAAACGCGAGGAGUUAGAUUGCAAAUUACACCGAAAACAUUUAAGACGGCGACGUUUUGAUAGUCAUCGUCAACUUCGACAAACAUACAAUAGAAAUUGAUCAUCGUCAAGCACGUCCGAAUCAAGGGAAAAAAAAAAAGAAAGAAAGAGAUUCGCCGCACGUUGUUCAAAUCGAAAAUUUGAAAAAAAAAGCGACACUCAAUAGAUCUUUACCUUUUUCUUAACCUGGAAGAUUAAUCAGACACCGAGAGAGAAAAAAAAAAAGGUUAUAUAACACUUUCGUAAAACAAAACAAAAAAAGGUUGGACCUUUAGAGAGAAAGAGAGAGAGAUUUUUGAUGGUGUGGUUGACAAAUCAACAGAUCGGGACAUGGAAAAGGAAACGAAUUUUGGUUGGAUCGUUGUUCAUAUGUUGGCUAAUCUUAAUGUUCUUCACUCCCAAAGUUCCUCUUCAUUCCUUCCGCCACCAUGUCUUCGCUGAUAAGCGCAAUUUCAUGGGAGUGCCAAAUACAUUGAAUGUCAUGACCAACUUUCCUUUUCUUAUUAUUGGUGUUCUUGGUUUCGUUCUUUGCCUUGGAGGAAGCUUCUUUAAUAUCAGUUUGAAAGGUGAGAUCUGGGGAUGGACGCUGUUCUACGCAAGCGUUUCAAGCUUGGCCUUUGGCUCUGCUUAUUACCAUCUCAAACCUGAUGACAACAGAAUCGUCUGGGACACUUUGCCUAUAUUGAUUGCGUAUUCAUCGCUUUUCUCCAGUUUUUUGGUUGAGAGAGCGGGGGAGAGAGUAGGACUGAGUUGCCUCGUCUUGCUUCUGUUCAUAUCAGUUCUCAGCGUUGCUUACGCCAGAGUGUUUAAUGAUCUCCGGUUAUGCCUCACGUUCCAGUUGAUUCCAUGCCUGGCGAUUCCUGUCAUGACCGUUUUGUUACCUCCUAAGUACACUCACUCUAGGUUCUGGCUCUUGGCAACAGCGGCUCACGCUGUUUCCAAGAUCGAAGGACUUGCAGACAGCAAAAUAUACAAUUUUAAUGGAUAUACAAUUAGUGGACAUUCACUUGGACACUUGUGUUCAGCCUUGGCUAUGCUUUUAUUUACCGUUAUGCUUUUGUAUAGAAGCAUUCGGUUUCCGAGAUUAAGUGAACUCAAAGGCCAUCCUUGACAUCCAUUGAUGACUGCUCUUCCCCUCUUUUUUUUUUUUUUUGUAAUUCGGAUCCACGAGAGAAGAUUUUGUUGGAUUGUUAAGUAAAUUUUGUUGGCUUACUAAUAAAUUUGAUUUAGUUUUUUUU